UAUGUUUAAGAGUAUACUGAGAUAUUUACUUUUCAUCGGCGCCUUUGCCAUCAUCUGCGACUGCUCAACCAGAACAAAUCAUACUGAAACAGACUUAAUAAGAUAUUUAAUGCUUGGGUACGAAAAAAGGGCAAGACCUACGAAUAAUCUCAGCGAAACAGUUGAAGUGAUGUACGAUUUAAAACUGAUUGAAAUACAGAAUGUUGAUGAAAGAGAUCAAAAGCUUAGCGUCUUCGCUUGGCAAGCUAUGAUAUGGAAAGAUAUCAAUUUAGAGUGGAAUCCAGAUAAUUUUAGCGGAAUUCAAAGAAUUGUACUACCGGCUAAAAAUGUUUGGUUACCAGAUUUAGUUCAAGAGAAUAACGCCCUUGAAUUUUAUAAUGAACAAUUUACAAAAUAUUUUCAAGCCGAAGUAUUUUAUACUGGUGAGGUUCUUUACUCUCCAGGUGGAAGAUUUACAACAUCUUGUUCAUUGAAUAUGAGAAAAUUCCCAUUCGAUAGGCAAACUUGUGAAAUAAUUGUUACUGUUUGGACAAGAACUUGUAGUGAAGUUGAAUUAUUUGCAAAUCAUAGUAAAGUCAAUUUAGAAAAUUAUAACGAAAACUCCGAAUGGAAUUUAGAAGAUACAGACGUUGUAAAAACUAGAAGAUCAGGUUUCGAUGAAUACGAUUAUUGCUCUUUAAAAGUAACAUUGAAAAUAAAAAGAAAACCGUUGUAUUUUGUUAUAAUUGUUGUUUUACCAUGCAUUCUCUUGUCAUUCAUUUCUAUUAUUAGCUUUCUUAUACCUAGUGAAGGAGGAGAGAGAAUUAGCAUGUGUAUGACUGUAAUGUUGAGUUUUACGGUAUUUCUCUUGGUAUUAAAUGAUAUUUUACCGAGAAAUUCCGAUGAGGCACCUAUUAUUGCCUUAUAUAUAAUAAUUAUUAUGGUUGUGAUGAGUAUAUCUCUUGUCUGUACAGUCCUAAUUGUAAAACUACAUUAUAAGAAUUCAAGAGUACCUCCAAAACUAAAAUAUUUCGUAUUUAAGAUUAUGGGAAGAUUUGUUGGCAUGAAAUAUGGUAACAAAACAGUUUUUGAAGUCAAUAAGGAUCCAUCAUCUUCCAGGAGUAGCGAUUGGAGGAAAAUAGCUGCAAUUUUUGAUAGAUUUUGUAUUAUUAUAUUCACUUUGAGUAUUACAAUUAUUACUUUAGUAAUGUUUGCAAUUUUACCAUUUACUAAUUAA